AUGUCAGUAAAGAGUAUAAUCUAUCAGCCUCAGCACUACAUGGCACCUCCAUUACUGUUAUUAAUGGUCCUGCGACACUGUGUCCGCAGUCUAGUAUUCCACGUUGCCACAUUCUUCCACCAUGUCAGUAAAGAGCAUAAUCUAUCAGCCUCAGCACUACAUGGCAACUCCAUUACUGUUAUUAAUGGUCCUGCGACAUUGUGUUCGCAGUCUAGUAUUCCACGUUGCCACAUUCUUCCACCAUCUGAACACUGUCUUCACAUCAGCGCCAUUGUUCUGGCCUCCAGUCUAAUGCCAAUUACCGCCAAAGCCGGGAAGGAAAUGUCAGACGCCUGCAGGGACGCAGUUCUAUUGAAGUUGGGCAGCAGACCGGCUCGCUUCCUCCGGGGAAAUUAUCGCAGGCUUUACUUGUCCGUCAGAGAAGAUGACAGUUUGGCGGGACUGUCCCCAACUUCCAUUGUACUUAUAUUGUUAUCUGUCACAACCAAAAAGACAAUAAAGUUCAUGGUGAUGGUGGUGGUAGCAGACUUCGUGGUGGUGCAGCCCGCCCCCGCUAGUGCUGACGUCCUCUCACCGCCUCCCCCUUCCGACACCGUCCUGGGUGUAUUCAGCCGUGCCGCCGUAGUCAGUGUGGGAGGGCCAUGCGCUGGCUUUGGCAGAGAUAUUCUGGCACAAGGAGGUAACGCAGUGGACGCAGUUAUAACUACCCUCCUGUGUGACGGGGUCUGCGUCAUGCAAUCCAACGGAGUUGGUGGAGGAUUUGUGAUGACGAUUUACAACAAUUCAGAAGGAAAAGCCUACUCCUUGAUUGCCCGAGAGACCGCGCCAGGUCGGGCUACGCGGGAUAUGUACGUCAAUCACCCAGAUUGGGCAACUAAAGGACCUAAAGCUGCUGGAGUUCCUGGAGAACUAAAAGGCUAUCAGGAGCUACAUAGUAGAUUCGGAAAGCUCGAAUGGAAGACUCUCUUUCAGCCGACAAUCAAACUAUGCAAAGAAGGGAUCCCUGUGAGUAAGAGGCUCGCGGAACAUUUUGAACAAGAAGCUGCUAUCAUUAAAAAGAGCGAAACAUUUGUAAAGGUGAUUCUGAACUCUACGAGAGGCCGGCUGCCCAAGGAGGGAGACAAGAUCAAGCUGCCAAUCCUAGCGAAGACUCUCAGUGUGAUAGCAAACAGUCAUAAGAAGGCAGAUGAAUUGUACAGCGGCAGUCUGACCAAACAGUUCGUGAAGGAUAUCCAAGCUGCGGGCGGCAUCAUCACCGAGCAGGACAUGAAAAACUACGCGGUACAGUGGGAGAAACCCUACAAUGCCAGCCUAUCCGAUGGCUCCACAGUGUACUCUGCAGCCCUCCCCAGCUCUGGUAUCCUAUUAACGUUUAUGCUGCGAGUCCUGGACGGUGUCCUGCAGUCCACCAACUCUGACUUGCAGCGGUCCCAGCUCAUAAUUGAAGCCUUCAAGCAUGCGUAUGGUCGCCGCUCAGACUUGGGGACUACCACAAAAUGGACUCCACAUAUUUGGCAAAGCGAGUAUAACGUAUAUUAUACCAAGAACGUUUUUAUUUUUAUCUAUCAUUUUGAAUACAUCCGUCAUUACAUUUUUAUCCAGGUAGAAAAGAAUUUGUUGGGCGCAGCGGCGAUACGCGCUGCGAGAGAGAAGAUCAAGAGUAACAGGACAUCCAAUGACGUGUCUUACUACGGCGGCCACUACCUGAAGGAUGACCACGGAACCAACAACGUGGUGGUCGUGGACCAACAGGGCAACGCUAUCAGUGUUACCAGCACACUCAAUCUUCUGUUUGGCAGCAAGUUCGUCUCCACAAGCACUGGGAUUAUCCUCAACGACCAGAUGGAUGACUUCUCUACCCCUGGAUUGGUGAAUUCCUACAAAAUCGCCCCCUCAGAGAGUAACUUUAUCGCCCCGGGCAAGCGACCCUUAUCCUCUAUGAGUCCAACCAUCGUGGUCGACAGUAAGGGACAUGUAAAACUUGCCGUGGGAGGGGCUGGUGGCUCUAAAAUCACCACUCAAGUCACCCUCGUAACGAUAAGGAACCUGUGGCUAGGGAAGAACAUAAAGGAGGCAAUAGAUGAGCCGCGGUUCCAUCAUCAGCUUCUCCCCAUGAAUGUUACGUAUGAGUAUGGAAUCUUAAAGGUUAGUUCACGGGAAAAUUAAGAAAUAUGUGUGGUA